AUGUCGUCUAUUUUACGUUUGGGAUCGACGGAACAAGUUGAAAUUCCUGGUGGACACAGGUGCGGCCAUCAGCGUGGUACCCCUUCAGAACGACCACCCGCUAGGCCCACCCUGGUCAAACUACGAGCUGCGAAUGGUUCCGCGAUAGACACGUACGGAGAAAGGACCCUUACUCUGAAUAUCGGCAUGCGACGCGAUUUCACUUGGACAUUUACCGUGGCCAACGUAAAGGUACCCAUCCUCGGCGCGGAUUUCCUGGCGCAUUACGCACUGGCGGUCCAUAUGAACCCUAGGACUCUGUCCGAUACGACUACGAAUCUCCGUGUCUUAGGUACCCCCCUACGUCAAGGCUCCACAGGAAUCAGCGUCGCAACAUGCCAUGGUCGCGAGUACUUAGAUCUCCUGACGCAGUUCACGGAUAUAACGCUGCCACUCCAAGUAACGGCUUCAGGUGACCAUCAGACCCAGCACUACAUCAGAACCCGAGGUCCUCCCGCACACUCCCAUCCGCGACGACUCGCUCCGCACAAACUGGCGUACACCAAGGAGCAAUUCGACAAAAUGCUCAGUGAUGGCAUCAUUCGUCCUUCCGAUAGCCCUUAUGCCUCGCCACUACACUUAGUGCCUAAACCUGGUGGUGAAGAAUUUCGGAUAUGCGUCGACUACCGAAAAUUAAAUGCAUCGACCGUACCAGACAAAUAUCCUGUCCCUCAUAUCCACGAUUUUGCAUCCGGAUUGAUGGGGGCUCGCAUCUUCUCAAAAUCGACCUGA